AUGGCUAUCCACGAAAUACGAACCCAAGUGCAAAUAAUAAACACGACAUUUCAACGGAUUUCAGCGCAACAGAUUCGUGCCAUAAUCGGCAUCAUCAUCGCAUUUAUAACACUCGUACUGACUGUGCUGGCCCUCACUGCUGGCAGCAAACCCGGCUUUAUGGAAGAUUACCACAUUCUCCUAUUCAACACCUCAACACUAGGCCAGAACCUUAUCCCGACACCAACCAAUGUGAAGAGUGGUCGUUCACCCACAGUAUGUGGGACUUUUGGGGGGGCCCUGGGCAAUCUGUGCUCAAGCGCAACUGCGGCGGUUGAAUCAGCUAUUAGCUCUGGUAUCACAGAGGUCUCGGGUAUCCAAGAUAAUAUCGCCGGCAAGCUCGUGAAGGAUAUUGGGAUCCAACAGUGGUAUUCUGUCCACGUUAUGGAUGUCUGCCAAGGCUCCUUCAUCCCAAACUCAACAGCUCCUGGCUCUGAAUAUAACGUGACAAACUGUACACAGCCUCUGAAAACUUAUGUCGGCCCUUUACAUCUGAAUUUGGCCAAGCUUGGCAUAACGACGGACCUACAGAAUGAGUUAGACAAGAUACCAGGGCCGUUCCAAGCCUUGGGUGGAUUGUACAUUUUAGCGGUUACCUUUUCAGCUCUGUCCCUUAUUCUGUGCGCUGGGUGGCUUUACCAACCCAGCAUUGGCAUGUCUUGGGCGAACGUUGUCAUUGCCUUGCUGGCGGCCUUCGUUCUCUUUGUCGGUAAUAUCGUCGCAACAGCAAGCGGAAAGGAGGCAGCCAAGAUAAACAAUCUUGGUGAACACAUCGGGAUAUCCGUGUCUACCGGGCAAAAGUUCGCUGCCCUGACGUGGGUUUCCUUCGUACUAGCGGUAGUGAUGGCCAUUUAUUGGGGUUAUCAGACGCGACAAGUCAUGAAGAUUAGGAAACUGAACCAAGCGAAGAAAGUGGUUGACAUUCGCCUCUGAUUACAGUCCGAAGAACCGUCAGUACGGGUAUUCUGAGGC